AUGUAAUUUCUACAAUACCCUCCAGAUAAGAAAAUUCAGAAUUAUCAGUUUAGUUUCAAAGCAAAAUUAGGAAAGGGUGCCUAUGGUACAGUUUAUGGUGGAAGAAACAUCGUUGAUAAUAAGAUUGUUGCAUUAAAAAUAGUGGACAAAAAAAUAUUACUAACAGAUUAUGCAAGUUAACUCAUUGCUUCAGAAAUUGAGAUUAUGAAAUUGAUUGAAGAUAAGAAUAUUGUUAGAUUGAUUGAUGUAUUAUAAAGUGUGAAUAAUACCUACAUCAUCACUGAGUUUUGUAACGGUGGCGAUCUCAGGGAAUACCUCAAAAAGAGAAAGUCGAUCCCAGAAAAUGAUGCAAUCAAUGUUUUAAAGGAUUUACUCCAUGGCAUUAAAGCAUUACUAAAAAUAGGAAUCAUUCACAGAGAUAUUAAACCUGCCAAUAUAAUGAUCCAUGAUGGUGUAUUCAAAAUAACAGAUUUUGGAUUUGCCAAAUAAGUUGAUUCUCAUAUUGACACCAUUAUGAAUUCAUUAGUUGGUACGCCACUUUACAUGAGUCCUCAAAUCUUAAAAAGACAAUCCUAUACCUCUAAAUGCGAUAUCUGGUCCCUUGGUCUCAUAUUUUAUGAAUUGAUUUAUGGUAUCACUCCUUGGCAUUCUUAAAAUCUAGUUGAAUUAAUGGGCAAAUUGGAUACAAAACCUUUAGAAUUUCCUCCUUUUCCAAAAGUCUCCGAAUAAACCAUCAAGAUCAUCAAAGGAUGUUUACAAAUCAAUGAAGAAAAAAGAAUUUCUUGGGAUCAACUCUUUUCUUUGGUUGGAAUGCAAGAACAAACCACAACUCUGCCAGAAAUCAAUCAAGCACUACCUGUUAUUCAAAAGAAUACGUAUUCCUAAUAUUAAAGUCAAUAAUAAGAAUCAACACAAAUUAAAUAAAAUUUAAGUUUCGUGGAAAUCAGACCUCAUCAAAGAGCCAAGCAAAGAACUGAAAGCAUGGGAACUUAUCAUUUUGUUAGUAGACACAAUAGAAGUAUGAGCAAUGCCACUCCGACUAAUGAUGCAGACAAAUCAAGUGAGAGAUAGAAAGGCAAAUUUUACACAAAAACUAAAAUCUCUUAUCUACAACCUGAUAAUCGAAGAGUUACUCCUUAAAGAAAUAUUACUGCCUACACCCAAGAAUCAGAAAGAGAUAGAAACAAUAAUUCCUUUGUAAAAUUCACCACUCAAAGAGUCGAACUUAUCAAAUUCUUAGAAAAUGCACAUACUCCUCCUCUUCCAAAUAAAAAAUACUCAACUAAUAAUAAUGAUUCAUAUAGAACUCCUAGUAAUUUGUAAUCUAAUUCAACAAAUACUUCUAAUAAAUAUGUUCAUGAAUAAGAAAACUCAUCUAAUGUUGUCAAAGUAAAUGAAUUCCAAAUCGAAGAAAAAUCCAGAGAACCACUUAACCACAUAAUAGCUAAUGGAUAUUUUAAUGCUUGUUCAAACUUAAGAUUAAAAAGAACAUUUAGCAAUCAUUUCUAAGAUAAUGCCUUGUCUCCUAUAAGCCAAUAAAAAAAUAGUAUCCUACAAUUACUGAAAAUCAUUCAAAUACAAUUUGACUUCAUUCCAAAUCAUAUAGCAAUCAAAAAGGAUAUUGAGUCUUUGUUAAAUCAACAUAAGAUCACUAUUAAUAAUGUGAGAGAAUAGCUCUAUACACCUCAAGAUAUUAAAGAUUUAAAAAUCAUUAUUAAUUGUCUUGUAGACUAUCUAAAUAAUAAUCCUUAAGAUAAUUUUGUAACAUAACUAUCUGUUAUGCUGCUGCUGUUGCUUAAUUAUAAUUAAAUUAUACUCUUCAAUGUUCAAACUAAAUCGUUACAAUUAUCGAAAUCUUUGAUUGAGUAAAUCAAAAAGAAUUAAAAAUUACAAUAGCAAUAAUUAUUGUUAAGUCCAGAAAUCUUGAGAGAGCAAAUCAAAAAAUUGCUUAAAUGA